AUGGAGAAAUAGUGUGUCUAAGAAAAGGCGUGUUUGUUGGUGUUUCUGAUGAAGUCUGUGAGAGUGAAGAAUCUGAUUUUGGUGACCGAUUUGUGUAUGCCAGAUUUUGAAGUGUGUGUACCGUGUGUACCAUGGACUUGUUCAGCACAUUGGCAAUGUGUGUUCACCUCUCCAGCUUUCAGCAAUUAUGCUCAAAAUAUUUUCUAUACUAAAAUGAUUUGACACUUUUUGCUUUUUUAAUAGAUUUGCCAGCAAGAAAGAAUACGUUUGUAACUUUUUAUUUACAUGUAAACUAUAUAAAUUAUACAAGCUAUAAUGUUCUGUCUUUUUUUAGCAGGGGCUGUCAAAAUUAGCCUAACUGGCAAGAUGGAGUUUUCUAGAAGCAGAUAAAAUGUUGAUACUGAGCUUUAAAAGAAAAAUACAGGCAAGGCAAUGUUCUGCAAGAUGAAUAAGGAAUGGCAAAUAGCAAAACUUAACCACGUGUUUCAUUAGCUUAGAGCUUGAAUACAGAAUGCUUUCAGGAAUGGGAUUUUUCAAAAUGGGACUUUUCCUGACUUAUGUUUUCACUAGGAAAAUUAUUUUUUUUGUAUUUUAUUCCCGUGUAGUAUGUUUAACUCACUGAAUGGUGGAAUAUUGGGUGAUAUGUAGUGCAAGUUAUGAUAUAUAUGAAAUAGGUAAGAACGAGAGGGAGCUAGAAAUGAUACAGACUCAAUACCAUUAGCUUGUCCUCGCUUCCUUCCUGGCAGUUCUUCUGCUGCGAGAACUUGUCUCUGUAGAUUAUUUUGUGAUUUUCUUUUUUUAAUUAUUCCUUGUAGUAAUAAAAUAACAGCAUGGAAUCAGAGGCACCCAGUGUAAGUAUGAUCAGAAGAAAAUGAUGGAGUUUGUUUACGUGAAAGGAAAAACUUUUUUUCAUGUUGGGAUGUUAUUGAAAAAAACAGAGUCACUAAAAAAUACUAGUUUAUCACAGCAAUGGAGACGUACAAUUCUUGCUGGAGCUUCCACUAGUUAAGAUUUUGAUGUCCAGAGCUGGUCUUUGAGGUGGAAAACUGGGGCUCAUUUCCUGGAGCCUUGGGCAAUGGGGAGGACAGUUAAUUUAAGAGCUGUGCAAAUGGUCCUGUGCAUAGAUAAGAUGAGAACAAAAGCUCACAUCUUAUGUUAAUGCUGGGGCUAACUUAAAUUUCUGGUUUGUGAGAGAGAAGGAUGCCAAGCAAAAAGCAUGGCCAUUAAGACUUCCGUCUGGGAUCUGAGAAACUUGAGUGAGUCCCUGGUUUUAAUCAGCUGUAUUUUUUGUUCAGACCAGGAACUUAAAUUAGGUCCUCUCAUGACCUACAUAGCUUCCUCGAGCAAGAGUGAUUCUUUUGUGUGGGGUAGUUCUGGAACGCAUCAAGGAGAUGAAAUGAGCAGUGCUCUGAUGAAUACUUAAUCCCUUGCAUGGGUCUGCUCUGUUAGGAGAGGUUGAGAAGAGUACCCUACAGCAGGCCUACAGUACUCAGUUUUGGAUAUUGGCGUGCCAAGGAAUUUAAUUACAUCUCCCCAGCCUGGUACCCUCAACAUCAGAAUAUAGAAUAAUAUGACACAGCUCACUUGCGUACUCUUUCUCUCUCUUGUUCAAAGCAUAUUGUGUUUUUUUUUGUUGUGGGAAAGGGGGAAAAUAAACAAGUAGUUUUGUGAAAUGGGAAAGUCAUUUCUUCAAAUCUCUAUUUUUGAGCAGGACAAGGGGGUUUCUCUUCUAGCAGAAGACCUUGUUGCACAAUUUAUAAGUCUGUCUGGCUCUUGAACCAGUGGUAUCUAUCUGCCUUUUCAGACCCUGAAAUAGCUUUUUAAAUGUCAAAAGUUUCUUUCUUUUUUAUUUUUCUUUUUUUUUUUUUUCCCAUAGUGGUUGGAUGUACCACUCCUGUCUCUUAAUUCCUAACCACUCAGUCUUAACGAUAUAGAUUUUUUCCAUCCAGUCUUAACGAUACAGAGUUGUUCUCUUUUCUUGAUGUACGUAGCUAACAGAGAUUCCAAGUCAUGGAAUCUAUUAGAAAUAAUUAAUAUUGAAGAGUAAAAUGGAAUUUAAGAAAGUGUGUGGUAAAAGAAGUCGCGUAUCAUUUAUGGUUACACUAAAAUAAUAAUUUGAUUUAUAGCAUUAUAUCCUAGAAAGAUAAUUCUGCAUAGGCCGCAACUUGAAUCUUAUUAGAAAACUCCUGUGUUAUAGAAAUGCGUUCCACAAAGAGUAGUUUCUGUAUUUAUCAGAUAAACAGUACACGUCACGGACUAAAGCUCUAAUUAAGGUUUCAAGACACUGAAAGGUAAGCACUCUAAUAAAUUCUAAAAUAAUUUUACUUUUCAUAUAUAGCAAAAUGGAAGAAUACUAAUAAAUAUAUAUUUAAUUUUCAGUUUUGUUUUGAUUUCACCUUGAAGUAUUAGAAACUUCUCAAAGAGCCUAUUUGAAACAAAAUUGUAACAACAUCAUUAAAGGGUGAAGGAGAAGAAUAGCAUGAGAGAGAACAAGAAAAACUGACAGCAACAGCAAUGUCUACAUUUCACAAAACCAAACAUGGCACAGCAAUGAAGAGACUGGAAGCAAACUGUGACACUAUGUCCGUCGACAUGAUAACUUUCGGUUUCAGUGCAGCUGGAGUCAGUGACUUCAUACUGAAAAAGAAUUUCAGGGAAGACGAAAAUGAGGAUGGGGAGGAAGAAGAAAAGGUCUUCCUCAAGCCUGUUAUUGAGGACAGAAAUAUGGAGCUGGCCCGAAAAUGCAGUGAAAUAAUAAGUGAUAUACACUAUAAAGAAGAGUUUAAAAAAUCUAAAGGCAAAUGCAUAUUUAUACCUGACACCCCACAGCUAAAACAUGUGAAAAGUCUUGGUGCUUUUAUUUCUGAGGUGAAGUAUAAAGGAGCUGCUAAGAAAGACCUUUGCAGUUCUCUUUAUCAGCAGAUGCCAGCCACAAUUGACAGUGUAUUUGCAAAAGAAUUAACACAACUUCAGAGCAAGGUGCUUUAUAAACAAAAACAUGAUGCAGAGAAAGGAACUUCAGAUUAUGCACAUAUGAAGGAGCCUCCGGAUAUCAAGCAUGCCAUGGAAGUCAAUAAAUACCAGAGUGACGUAUUCUAUAAGAAGGAUGUGCAAGAUACUCAUAGAUACACUGAAGUGCUGAACAGGCCAGACAUAAAGAUAGCAACAGAGAUAACAAAGAUAAUAAGUGAUGCUGAGUACAAGAAAGGAAGGGGAGAGAUGAAUAAGGAGCCUGCUGUGCUUGGAAGACCAGAUUUUGAACAUGCUAAAGGAGUUUCAAAACUGUUAAGCCAAGUGAAAUACAAAGAGCAGUUCAGUAAGGAAAUGAAGAGCCACCGGUACAAUCCUCUUGACAGUGCUUCCUUCAAGCAAGCACAGAUUGCAUCCACCUUGGCAAGUGAUGUGAAUUACAAGAAAGAUUUGGAAAGCCUACAUGAUCCAGCCUCUGAUCUACCAAACCUGCUAUAUUUAAACCAUGCUUUAAAUAUCAGCAAAAUGCAUAGCGAUUAUGAAUAUAAGAAAUCAUUUAAGCAAGGCAAGGGCUUCUAUCAUUUCACCCCGGAUACAGCUGAACAAAUCCAUCACAAAGAAAAUGCAGUGCUUCAAAGUCAGGUCAAGUACAAAGAGAAUUAUGAAAAAUGUAAAGGCAGAUCAAUGCUGGAGUUUGUGGAUACCCCAAUGUAUCAAGUUUCAAAGGAGGCUCAAAAGAUGCAAAGUGAGAAAAUGUAUCGCAAAGAUUUUGAAGAAGGGAUCAAGGGAAGACCCUCAAUGGAUUUAGACAAGACCCCAGAGUUCUUGCAUAUAAAAGAAGUCACUAGCCUUCUGAAAGAGAAAGAGUAUAGAAAAGAUUUGGAAGAAGGGAUGAAAGGAAAAGGAAUGACAGUGUUUGAAGAUACACCAGAUUUGAUUAGAGUGAAAAACGCAGCUCAGAUACUGAAUGAGAAACAGUACAAGAAAGACCUGGAAACUGAAAUUAAAGGAAAGGGCAUGCAAAUUGGUCCAGAUACUCCUGAGAUAAGACGAGCCAAGAAAGCUUCUGAAAUCGCAAGCAUGAAAGAAUACAAGAAAGACUUGGAGAAGAAGAUUAAAGGAAAGGGAGCAGGAGUGGGCAUGGAUACGCCUGAUAUACAACGAGCCAAAAAAGCUUCUGAAAUUGUAAGCCAGAAAGAAUAUAAAAAGGAUCUGGAGACUGAAAUUAUAGGAAAAGGGAUGCAAGUGGGCCCAUAUACUCCUGAAAUACAGCGGGUCAAAAGAGCUUCAGAAAUAGCAAGCCAGAAAAUGUACAAAGAUGAAGCAGAGAAGAUGCUCUGUAACUAUUCUGCUGUCCCAGACACUCCAGAGAUGGAAAGGAUGAAAAGUACUCAGAAAAACAUCAGUUCAGUGUUUUAUAAGAAGGAAGUAGGAGCUGGCACAGCUGUAAAAGAGACUCCAGAGAUUGAAAGAGUAAAGAAAAAUCAACAGAAUAUUAGUUCGAUUAAAUACAAAGAAGAAAUUCAGCAUGCAACAACUAUUUCUGAUCCACCUGAACUAAGGAGAGUUAAGGAAAACCAGAAGAAUAUUAGCAAUGUUCAGUACAAAGAACAGCUCUGCAAAGCUACACCCGUGAACGUCACCCCUGAGAUCGAAAGAGUCAAGAGGAAUCAAGAGAAUGUCAGCAUGGUUCACUACAGAGAGCAGCCUGGCAAAGCUACUGCUGUGAGUGUCACUCCUGAGAUAGAGAGAGUCAAGAAGAAUCAAGACAAUAUCAGCUCGGUCAAGUACAGCAGUGAUCAGAGGCAGAUGAAAGGUAGACGUAGUGUGCUUCUAGACACACCUGAGCUAAGGCAUGUCAAAGAAACACAAAACAACAUCUCAAUGGUAAAAUACCAUGAAGAUUUUGAGAGGACAAAGGGCAGAGGCUUCACCCCAGUGGUAGAUGAUCCUGUAACAGAGCGUGUGCGGAAAAACACCCAAAUUGUGAGUGAUGCAGCAUAUAAAGGUGUGCAUCCACAUAUUGUUGAAAUGGAUAGAAGACCUGGAAUAAUUGUUGAUCUUAAAGUUUGGCGCACAGAUCCUGGCUCCAUCUUCGACAUUGAUCCUCUGGAGGACAAUAUUCAGUCUAGGAGUCUGCAUAUGCUUUCUGAAAGAGCAAGCCGUUACAGUAAGCAGUAUUUACAUUCUACCAGUUUGGGAGAUUAUAAAUCAGAUGGCUCUGACACGAACCCUACCUUUUCUUACUGCAGUGAGAUAACAAGGCCAUCUGACGGAGAAGCCCCUGUUCUCCCUGGGGCAUAUCAGCAAAGCCAGUCCCAAGGAUAUGGGUACAUGCACCAGACCAGUAUGUCAUCCAUGAGGUCCAUGCAUUCACAGCCUCAUUCAGCAGGUCUGAGAACAUACAGAGCUAUGUAUGACUACAGUGCUCAAGACGAAGAUGAAGUUUCCUUCAGGGAUGGUGAUUAUAUCAUCAAUGUGCAACCAAUUGAUGAUGGCUGGAUGUAUGGUACUGUUCAGAGAACUGGGAAAACUGGAAUGCUUCCAGCAAAUUAUAUUGAGUUUGUUAACUAAUUUUUGUCUCUAGUCCUUUGAGCUUUAUUAUGAUUUACUCAAAAUCUAACCUUUUAGAGAAAAUCAGAAAAAUCUUUUAAGAGUACAUGUUCAUUACUUUAUCACUACUAUAACAGUCUGCAUUCUCACUCAGAAUCCAAUUUAGUCCUUUAAAGUAAAGAUAAAUGAUCAACAAGAAGCUCAGAGCUUUGAAAACAGCAUUGCUAAUAAUAAUGUUCCCUCAAAAUGAAAAACAUAUAUGGAAGCCUGGUGCUACCAAUCCUAUAAAGAUUUCAGUCAAUUAGCUAUAAAGGGGAUAUACCUUUUCCCUACACCUCAAAGAUAUUCUUUCUCUUCAUAAUAACAACCAUAAAAUCAAUUCACUUCUUAUGCCACUCUGAAGUCACAGGAGGUUUAACACACUGAGUUUGAACACAUCUUCAAAUUAUCACGGAGGUGUUUAAUGUUUGAGCAGUUAGCAUCCCAAGAAAAAUAAAAAUGUUGAGUAGGUAAUUCAAUCUCUUGAAAUAAUGACAAGUAAUAUACUAGUAAAAAAACCCCACAAAUAAAAAACCCUACUGCCCAGCAUCCUUGCAGUAAACAGGUCUAUUUUGACAGCAAAAAUAUCCUGACUUUUGCAUACCCACAUUUAUUUCUGGAUUUACCCAUUUUCUCUUAUUUCCAACAGUGACCUCUUCUAUCAGCUUUGCUUGCGUCCCAGUCCGUCAGUUAGAUCCAUGCCUGGAUUCAUGGUUCCUUGGUAUCUUUUCCACAGAAAAUUCCUUGCAAAGACUAUCUAGAAUAUAAAAGCUGUCAACUCUUCUGUUUCCUUCUAAUAAUACUUAGCAUUUAAAUAGAAACCUCCACUAGGGCAAUGUACAACCAAUACUCCAUGUUAGUUCCUUUACCUUCACCUGUACUGCUGUAAAUAAAUAGCCUGUAUGAGGCCCCAGUGCUGUGCAGUCACACAAAGCCUGCAGUCACAUCCCUCCUUCUUCACAGGUAACUCGCUUAAUGGCUGCUUUGCUGAUGAGCUAAUGUACCUACCCCUGCUGCAGAAAUACUUGCACCUCCACUGAGGAGUGGAGGAGAGCUCUGGUUAUUGUAGUGCAUUUCAGCUCAAUGGCCUGUUGCUUCAGUUUCCUCCAAAAAUCUUGGUGAUCCAACAGUGGGUUGUACGCUUGUGAAAUGAUUAAUGAUGGAGUAAUAUUAUGUUUUCUUUUAAUGACUUAGUCUUUCUCAUAACUGACACCGAAGGGAAAACUAACCAAACAGAAGUCCAACAUACUCUAUGCCAUCAUGCUUCAGUUUAGCUAUCUGUAGAAGACAGUAAAAGUAUUUUGCUGACAAACCUUCACAUACGCUAUUUGGUGUCCACUAACUUAUGAUCAGAACUGAGAGAUCCAAGCCUCAGUCUGUGAGGCUGAGGAGAGGAUCAAAUAACUGGUGACAAAAUGGACCUGUAAAAGGGACUGUGUCAGCAAGCUUGGGUCAAAGGGAAGUUGCUUUUGCUUUGAUUGGGUGCCAGGAGAGUGGUGUGUUCCCUCCCAGGUAAAAACUGGCAGGAAGGACAAAAGAGUUAAAGAUUCACAUGGGAACUUACUCAUGUGGAUGCCUACAUGUGUAAAGAAGAAAAUGUUUUUGCUGAUAGUAUAAUUUGUGGUGUUCAGCCAUGUGCUAGAGAAGUUAAUUUUGUAGUAGCUCUCAGAAUGUUGAGCCUGUGCUGGCUUUCUUCCAUUUCUGAAAUUUUUAAAGUAGAAUUAAAUAUAGAGUUUAUAAAAAAUUUUGUAUUUCUCAUUUCACAAAGUAAGCAAGCCUGCAAUAUCUAUUUAAAGAAUAAAGAAGGAAGGCAGUAUGGAUUUGUUAUGUCAGCUGAAAGUUGUUGAUGAAAAUACCUGCUAGUUUAACUUUUGCAUACCAUUAGGAAUUGGAAAGCUUAUGCAAAUAUUUUAGGUGUUGCUAACACAGGGCUGAUCCCAGCUGCCAAGCAGGGUGGAAUGAAUGCAUUAAAAAGAAAAAAAAAAAUUUAAAAUGUCCAUGAUUGGAAUUGCCUGUGCUUUCUUGUCAGCUGCCUUGAAAUUAUUCAAGGCUAAAGCUGACGGGGAGCAUCUAACUUCAAAAAACGUGGUUUAAAACCAGGGAUGUGAUACUGUAAAUAUGCAAACUGUAUGGGUGACACUGCUGUCAUUUAAAAUUCUUGAAAGUUUUGCAUACACAUCUUCUGCUACAACAGACCCUUGUGCGUUACUGGUAAAUGCCACAUUAAAUUAGCAAGCUUUGUAAGUCAAAUGGCUUUUUCAAAAGGCUGAUGUGGUAAGCUGGGCUAGAAGCUCUGAAACAAGCAGCCUGCUUCUGUGUUGGUUUUCAUCAUCAGCCAUCAACCUCAAGGAGAGGAAUCCCAUCUUAUGAUGGCUGGCAAAUUUUUCGACGAUGCCUGAGGCAGAAUUGGCUAUCACUUGCUGCUGUGCUGCUCUAUUAGCUGUGUAAUGCUGACAACAAUAAACACAAGUUGUCAGUUUGUUAAUCAGAUGGGAAUAAAAAGAAAUAUAGGGAAUAGAUAUAUUGCAUCAAGUUGCAAUUUUUAGUGACUUACAAAAAAGAAAGUCUCCACCUAUAAAUACACUAGCCUUCUUCCUAAGUGAGGAGAUGGCUUGCAGCGUUGAACACUGUAUGCAUAGUGGAAAGUAAAUCAGAAAAUGAGCAUUUGAUGACAUUAGAGGACUAUCUUAUGCUAAACAAUGGAAAUAAAAUUUACUUUAUGAUUUUUGAAUAUUCAUUAGCCUGGCAAAGCAGCUAAAGCAAUUUGCAAAAUAAAAAAGGUCAAGAAAACAAAACAGUAUGUGAAUUGUAUUUCUCUUGAGAACGGUAUGUCAGCAGAAUUAUCAAGAUCUGUGUUAAGUUAGUUAUUCAUGCAGUCAGGUUUUUAUGUUGUAUAUGGUUAGUAAUUCGUGUUCAUACAGAGUGGUUUCUGCUUUUUGAUAUAAAACAAACUUUAGUGUCAUUAUGCAGCUUUGUUCUAAGCAAUGUAUCAAAGGCCCAAAAUUAUCAGACUGCAAUUAUAAAAAUGUUUUUAAGGUCUAAAAUUGUAAGGUAGGGAAAGUAAGUCGGCAACUAAAUUGUGCCAGCACAGGUUUUACAAGGCAUCUCUUGGAGCCUGGUACAUGCAGUGGAAUAUAGGGGUGAACAGAUGUUAUAUGCUGUCUUGUCACCUUUAAAGUAUAUAUUCCUUUUUAACACAGCAUGUUUCCCUCACUGUACUUUCUUCCUGUAGACAACAUUUUUCUGGGGAAAGGAAAAGACUUUUAAGGAUCCAAAUUUCCAAAGGUGUUCCAAAGUUCAAGUUGGAAGUUCAUACAUUCCCAUUUUAAGCAUUUUAGAAAUAAAGAAGAUACAAUGUGCUGUAAUUCCUGUUAACAUGAGUAUAAAUGUAGAAAACAACAUAGAGCAUAUUCAUACAUAUAUACAAGAACUAAUAGGUGCCUUGCUUUUCAUUACUCUUUCUUGCCUGGCUAAUCUUCAUUUUCUAAACAAAGCUACUUACAGAUACUGCAGUUGUAAUUUUUCAUUAUGGAACAUUAGCAUUUAAUCUUGAUGAAACAGGGUUUUCUUGAUUACAUCUGACAUAGCAUAAACCACUUCAGCAGAUUGGGAUUUGACAGAAAAUCACCUCCCAUGGAUUAUAUUUUUGACAAAUGUGUCCCUACCGAGUGUUCCUUGGUGAUAUGGAAGGUCUCCAAUACUUGGGAAAGGUAAUAAUUCUAGUUUUUAUUGUACAGUGAUUGCAUGUCAUCUUGUACAAUGAAAAAGAAAUGACAAAUGCAGAAGUGUUUGGCAGAAAGUGGUACAGGGUAUAAAAUGUUAUAUUUUAAUUAUGUUGAUUAAUACUCCAUUUAAAAUACAGAAUAUGCUUAAGUUAGUAAAUGUUUAAAUAAUAUACUGAAACAGACAAAAGAUGCUGUUGAAAGAAGAUCUCCAAACUGAUGUGCUGGCAAAUGCAAAGUACUGGUGAGCUGUAGAAGAAUAAACCCUUUUGCAAUGCUUUAGUGAUUUUUCUCCAGCUUUAUGCCAUAGGAACCCCAUCUCUCCUUUUGAAAGGAAACCCGAAAGCUGUAUUUCCUAAACUGCCUGCACUACAACAGUAUAUUCAAAGGAAUUUCAUAUGCUUCUUGUGUCUGAUAAAUAGAAUUUGCAUAUUGUACUUCAGUUGUAAUCCAGUUGUUGUUGAAAUUUGUUUAAUUAUUAUUAUUUUAGGGGGGAAAAUAAGCUAUACUGUAGCAUUUCAAUCAUGUGUAUUUAAUAUUACUAUUAGAAAUUGCUAGACCAUUGGAAGACAGCAAUGACUGUAUUGACAUUGAUUAGCAUGAUGUGGAAACCCUCUCAGCUGUUGGUUUUUGCAGUGUGAUAUAAAAAGCAAAAAUGAACCGCUGUGCAGUUUGGCUUAUGUUUGCUUUGAAGUGUGUAAAGUUUUAGUUAUUUUGCAAAACUGUACUGUAUUUGGGAGUAUACAGUUAUGAAGGUAACAAUUGUUUUUCAAAGGACAGAUAUACUUACUCUUGGAUCAUAUGAUGUAUCAUCUUAAUUUGGCUUUUGUUAUGCAGAAAGUUAACACCAGCUAUUAAAAUAUAUUUUAGUAGAAAUGCUUUAAUUCCUGUUUCUUCCUCUACACUGUGAAUAUUUAAGCCUUGGUGGACUAGAGCAACAUCAUGCUGCCCAAAGUACUAACCUAUGCAAACUAGUUCACAUUUCAGUUGAUGUCACAGUGGAUGUAACAUAACAGUUUAUUUUGCAUAACAUUAAACGUCAUUCAAAUAAAAUAUUAAACCCA